CUUCCUGCCUUCAAACAUGGAGACCUGAUCGUGAAUGAGUCCACUGCUGCAUGUUUAUACCUGGAGCAGUUCCAGUCUCAGGGGAACCGGCUGAUCCCCGACUCUCCUGCAGAACAGGCUCUCAUGUUCCAGCGCAUGAUGGAGGGUCUCAGCCUCACAGACAAACUCAGCUCCGUCAUCUACUACGACCUGCUGGUGCCUGAAGAGGAGCGGCACGACUCUGGUCUGAGGAGGAACAAAGAGACUCUGAGCACAGAGCUCCAGCUCUGGGAGAGCUACCUGCAGAACGUGGCUGCAGGCUCCUACCUGGCUGGGCCCUUCUCCUUAGCAGAUGUGGUCGUUUACCCCAACGUUGCUUUUGCCUUCAGAUUCGGCCUGUCUGCUGGACGCUUCCCCAAACUGGCCAAAUACUACAGCUUGCUGAAGGACAGGCCCAGCAUCCGAGCCAGCUGGCCUCCACAGUGGAUGGCCAGCACACGGGGUUACGACGUCCUGAAGGACCUGUAGACGGCAGGAAGCGGCGCUCUUCAGUCUGCCCGCCUCUUCUGAAGUUAAUAAAUAAACAUUAAAUAAACAUGUCUUCAAAAAAUCUGCUGUGUGUCUGUGAACUCUUGCAGUUUUCAGCAAUGAAACAAAGUUUUUGGAGAGAAUUUAGCAAAUAAUCCACAAAGAUAGACUCAGCAUUUGAUCUGAUUCCAGACAAAUCUGAUUUUUAAAGUUUUUUAAGUCAUUUUUUUGUAUUAUUUCUAGUGAAUAAACUAAACAAACUUCAAAUAAAAACAGGAAAUUCUAUCUUUAAAUCCGACAGAAAAUAUUUUUUCUGCCUUCCAAACGUGCAUCAAAGGAAAUCUGAUGUUUGUGUUUUAUGCCUCGACUUUACAACUUUAGUGAAGAUCGAUUUGAAUCCCAUUUUUUAAACCCUCAUGACCACAUACCAUUAUCUCCUAUUCAUACUUUCAUUAUAAAGCUUUUCUAAACUCUUGCUGGUGUGGAGACAGCAGGACUUGUGAAGUUCAGGUCAGAAGAUUCCUAAGAGAGGAAUCUAUCACAGCAUGUGGACCUUUUUCAUUCACACUUCUGGUUUGAUCUUUUUAUGCCUCAAGUUUUAAGUGUUUUUUGUUUGACUUUUUCUUCCUCUCACCAAGAUGUUCUUUUCUUUUUGUCUGUACAAGUGUGAGAACAUCUCCUCUAACCCUCAUGUGUCAAAGUCAAGGCCCGGGGGCCGGAUCCGGCCCUCCAGGUAAUUCUAUCCGGCCCUCCAGAUCAUU